UCCAUAUUCACAAUCAAAUCUGAGCAAAAGUUAAUACAAGUGUCCAUAUGGAAAACAAUCUAUAGGCAGGUUUAUAUAUUAUUCAUAAUUUGAGGCAGAUACGCAAUACGAGGUAUUGUUACUUUUCCCUUCUCUGUGCAAAUCAAAAGACCCCCCUCCCCCCUUGCAUUUGUUUUAUAUCACUUCUACACUGGAAUGGUUUGUGGUCGUUAUCGUUGAAUGUUAAUUCUAUCUGUUUGGGGAUGAUAAGGGAAGGGAGGAUAUCGGUAUCAUGGAACAUGCACGAGACAAGAAUGAUAUUAAAUACCAACAGAUAACCUACAGAUCAUCUACCUGUGAGUGGUUCAUCGAAAUCAAAUCAUACACUUCAUAGUGAGUAUUAUACUGCCACUCGGAAAUAUUCUCUGCACGUCUGAUUUUCCGUGUUGAGUUGAAAUGGCCUACGAGCAAGUUUGGAAUUUUCCUGGAAAACGGUUUAAUCUUACAGUAAGCGAGAGACCAGAGGAAGCAGCUGCCGUAUUUGCAGAAGAUGGAGACAGCAUCCAACGGGAAGAAGGUUCUGAACAGAAAUGCUACCGCAUCACAAAGAUAGUUGUCUCCUUCCUAACGGUGAUAGCGGUACUUUUCUGCGUCGUCGCUAGCAAAAUAUCCGCCAUUGCGGUGGCACAGUCGCUAGGAGACCACGUCAAUGGCACGUUCCUCGACGUUGACGAAGUGGCAACGCCACUGACGUUUUUCUACAAACCUUACGCUGGAGAUACAUCUAACCACACAGCAGGGGCAGGGGAACUGCCAGAGUAUCAACAAGUGACGAUUUUCAUGCUGGUGUUACUUUUGGGAAUUCCGUACGUCUUCUCUUUGGCUAGAUGUAUCUGGGUCGGAGGAUUCAGUUGUGGCUGCGAUAAGAACUCAAGCAAACCUUGGCCAUCUGUUGGAGCAAUACUUGUGGGGUUUGUGUCAAGUGUCUUUGAGGUUACUGGGCUUUGGCUGGUUGUGCUACUUCUCUUUCCUUGGAUGUCAGCCUUCACGGCCCUAGCCGUGUCAACAACAGUGUUCAUCUGGCCAAACAUAUGGGCAACGGUGGAACCAUUCCUCCUCAGACUUUCCUGUUUCCGCUACGAUAAAAUCGACAAGAUGGAGGAUUCUGGUAGCAGUGACGCAGCAUUCGGGGUCGGAUGCAGCAGCAAGGCGGAAACGGUCGUCAACAUGGUGUUUGUCGUCCUCAACAUUUUGGGACUGUGUCUGUUAGCGGUGUUUCAACAAAUUGAUAUGGAAGCGCACUACAGGGCAUCCGACGCGUGGCUUCUACCCAUUGUUUGCUUUUUGUUGACUUUUGCAUGGUGGCCGUGGAUGCUAAAGAGACAGUUGAUAAAGUCUGGGGUGCAUGGGGGAAACGGAGAGAGUGACAGAUUUGGACAUCAGAAACCAGACAAGUUAGUCAGAUGGAAAGCGGGAAUUCUUUCUAACUUUUGGAAACUGGUACUGACCUUCACCCUCCCUAUGCUUUUUAGCUAUGUGAGAUAUGGUAACUAUUCUUAUUUCACGUUCCUUACGAGACCCGUGUGGUACGUCCAUCUUCGCCUACUAACGCAUCCGGCAUUUGGAUACUUCCUUCUCAAUAUUUUGACAAGCUUCGGGGGCUACAUCUUCACUUGGUUUGCAGACUCCAUCAACGCUGGGUUUGACGUUAAGAAAACGGUGGCUGGGAGGUUCAAUAUCAAGACUUACCUGUCGAUUUUCUUCAUCCCGCUAAGUCUUGCCACACCUAUUGCCGCGUUCGUCGUUGGGGAAGUCAACACGUGCUCUCUUCUGCCUCACUUCCACUGUGACUCUCUAACUGGCCACCAGGCCGCUAUUGGCGUCUUAGCAAUAGUGAUAUUGUUCAUUGUGAAUUUUUUCUCCAUUGGCCGCUUCAUUCUGAAUAACAAAACACUGGUACUGGCGAAAGAAUCACAGUUGUUUUGGUUGUCAAGUUAUAACGGAGUGAUGUUAGAACAAUGGCUGUGGUUGAAUAGGAAGACAUACCGCACAGACACAACCAAACGUAACCCAGAUCAUCUCAGAAAGGAAGCCACUAUAUACAUUAACACAACCAUGUAUAAUGAGUCUGCUGAAGAAAUGGGUCAACUCCUACAGUCCCUACGGCGCGUGCGCGAUGACCGACAUGCCAACUCCCCCGCCUAUUAUUCCCACAUCUGGCUUGAUGGUGCUUUCGAUACUAAAAAGAAAGGAGAUGUUUUUAACACGAAUACUCUGAGACUGUUGUCGUUGCUGCAAGAUAUUUUUGAUGUUAGCUUCGCGCCCGGAGAUAAAGGUUUCGAGAAGGUGAGGACCAAAUAUGGCAUGCGUCUGACGUGGAAAUUCCCGCUGAAUAGUACGGAGGCCCUGGAGGACCCCGAAAGGUACACCAUGAGUCUUAAUCUUCAUCUUAAGGACAACAGAAAGGUGAAGAAUAAGAAAAGAUGGAGUCAGAUCAUGUAUUUGUCCUUAGUGCUUGACUACCUUAACCAGAAGCCGAGAGAGGGAGCCACUGCGGAGGAACUGAAACAAUGGGAGCAAAGACUCCAGAACAGUUACAUUCUCGCCACCGACGCAGACGUCAAAUUUACAUUGCCUUCUGUGGAGGCGUUGUUAGAAAUCUAUCUUAGGGACGACUCGCUUAGGAUAGGGGCGGUGUGCGGUAGGACGCACCCCUUGGGUUCACAGGUGCAACCCGUAGUAUCAUACCAGGUUUUUGACUAUGCUGUUGGACAUUGGUUUCAAAAGGUAUUCUAUUUGAAAAAUCUAAGAUCUUUGUAAUAUAUAUUGUAUGCAAAUAAGG